GUUUUGACCAGAAUAAUGUUUAUAAUGCGGAAGGCAUAUUUCUCUCGCUGUCUGUGUAGCAGAAUCAUGUCGUGAACAUGCUUUGGACACGUGCAGUUGUUUGUGUAAGGAUCUCGUCUGACUCCUCGAAUCUCUGACUGGGCCGUCUGCAUUGUAAUAAAAUAACAUUAUCCAACUACGUUGCAGCAUUCUGAAUAUAACAACAGACACAUGAGUAGCAGAGAAAGAGAGUCAUCCACCGAGUCGGUUGACAGCAAUGCAGAAUGUGUUCCAGCGAAGCGGAUUUGCACCGGGGAGAUUCUGGAACUGCCUGCCGCUCACAGUGCACCAUCCGCGGCCAGCGAGGAAACAGCAAAGGGGUGCAGCAUGGAUGUGUCGGUGAUCAUGCCGGUGUAUAACGCUGCCUGCUGGUUGGAGGAGUGUCUGUCGGCCAUCUUGAAUCAGGACUUCAGGGGUGCCAUGGAGCUCAGCGUGUUUGACGACGCGAGCACGGAUGGCUCCCGGUCCAUGAUAGAAGAGUGGAGGAGCAGGUUUGAGGAGAGAGGCAUCUCCAUGGUGAUCUCCGGACACACCUCUGACAAACCCAAAGGAGUGGGCUUUGCCAAGAACCAGGCUGUGGCCCAGAGCACCGGGCGCUACCUCUGCUUUCAGGACGCGGAUGACGUCAUGAUGCCGGAGAGAGUGCGACUGCAGUACGAGGCCGCUGUGCUCAACGCCAACACAAUUGUGGGCUGUCAGGUGCGUAGGCUUCCGGAAGGCUCCACUGAGCGCUACACCCGCUGGAUCAACACAAUCAAUCAAGACCAGCUACAGACACAGAUCUUCACCUCCCAUGGUCCUACAGUCAUCAUGCCCACCUGGCUCCUCUCGCGUGAUUGGUUCCUGAAGAUCGGCCCCUUCAAUGAAGGAGGCAAGGGUGUUCCUGAGGACUUGCUGAUGUUCUAUGAGAAUGUGCGUCAAGGUGGAAGACUGCAGAGGGUGGACGAGUGUCUACUGCUGUAUAGAUAUCACGAACACGCAGCAACACACUCCGUGUUAGAGGAGACCAUUUGGGACCUGCGCGUGAGCUUCCUGCAAGAGAGGGUCCUCGGCCAAUGGGAGAGCUUCACCAUAUGGAAUGCUGGGAAACAGGGCAGGAAGCUCUACCGCAGUCUCUCACCAGCCAAUCAGAAGAAGGUGAAGGCCUUCUGUGACGUGGACGAGAACAAAAUCAAGAAGGGCUUCUACACCUAUGAGGACUCCAAGGAGCGUCCCAAACCCAAGGUUCCUGUCGUGCACUACACAGCUUCCACUCCUCCCUACAUAGUCUGUGUGAAACUGGACAUGACGGGAGGAGUACUGGAACAGAACCUGCACUCUCUGCAGCUCAAAGAAGGAGUGGACUACUACCACUUCAACUGA